AUGAGGCGAACACUCGAGAGGCGACCUCAAGAGCAGCGGUGCCGGGGAUCUGUGCACCGGGGGACGGCGGGAGGGGGUGGCUUCGCCGUAAUUCCCGGCCCUAGGCUCUGUUUUGUUGGACCGAGCCGCUCUGUUUUCGCUCACCCGGGAGAGAUCCGGUCCUGGGAAAACGUCUCGGCACGCUGCCGAGCUUUCUCGUGGAGGUCAGCGAAUCCCGACACGCUGUCAGUCAAAGCCGCGGUGGGAGAAGCAAAACGGUUCUCCCUUGGAAUUAGUGCCCCACUGUGUCCUUUGGAGGCCCCACAUGGAGCCUGCAGUUUGCCAAAUUGGGUCUUGCAAGAGGACUAUCCGCUCUAUACUGAGAGUAAUUACCGUAAAGUGCGCUAUGAAAUUGACAGUGUGGCCCAUACUAAGCAGACUGCCCGUAAGUCGACCGGCGGCAAGGCCCCGAGGAAGCAGCUGGCCACCAAGGCGGCCCGCAAGAGCGCGCCGGCCACGGGCGGGGUGAAGAAGCCGCACCGCUACCGUCCGGGCACCGUGGCCCUGCGCGAGAUCAGGCGCUACCAAAAGUCCACGGAGCUGCUGAUCCGCAAGCUGCCGUUCCAGCGGCUGGUGCGCGAGAUCGCGCAGGACUUUAAGACGGACCUGCGCUUCCAGAGCUCGGCCGUGAUGGCGCUGCAGGAGGCCAGCGAGGCCUACCUGGUGGGGCUGUUCGAAGACACGAACCUGUGCGCCAUCCACGCCAAGCGCGUGACCAUCAUGCCCAAGGACAUCCAGCUGGCCCGCCGCAUCCGCGGGGCGCGGGCCUAAAGCGUGUUAAGUGGUGGAUCUAAAGGCUCUUUUUAGAGCCACUGCCGUUUUCAUCAAGAGCAGCUGUACCGGCUCUCCAGCUGACGUGGUCUGCCUUGCUCACCGGUCGGAGGCCAGGGUCACUCGCAGUGGUGGGUGGGGUUACAAAACCUCCAAAGCCCAGGUGUGAGCUGGCUGGCGGUAGAGAAAGCCGCAGAGGCAUGGUCCUUGUGGUUCCUGCCGAGACUUAAGGCUAGAGCUCCGGUUCCCAAUUCUGUGGGGAAAGUUGUGCAUAGGGGCAAGAGACAAUGUGCUGAGUCCGGAAAUGGGGACGAUCUGACUAGGGGCGGGGCGAGUCCCUUAAAAAUUAAACUUGCUUCCGGGUUUAUUUAGGAACUGUAUAAGCAAUUAAAGCUCAGCGUCUUCAUUGCGUACUACAGGCGGUGCCCAAGCCAGAAUAGUAAUUUAAGUUGGGGGCGGGAGUAAACACCUAGCGAUUUAAAAAAAGUGGGCUGAGGUAAUGUUCCAAGAACCGAGAACAAAAUUUCUGCAGAGUAUAGAAUAAAAAUGCAAAAACAAGGUAAGAGUUAUCUUUAGCUGGCGUUAAGGUUUCUUUUAUAAGCAACUCUGCCAAGGAAAGAAAACCAAGAAAAAAGCCCGAGGCGGUCGAAACUAUCUCCACCUAGCUUAAAACCCGCUAGUGUGAAAUGGACCAUUCUGAUUGGAUAACAAGACUUUUCUUCUAGCGACCACUAAGGAAACACGACCAGAAUCCAUUAUUUACAUAGACUCCACCCCCUCUGACGACACCGUUGUAAAUUAACCAAUAAAAAUGCAGCACUGUG